AUGGAAGACCUCUCAACAGGCUCCGAAAGCGAUUAUUCCAAUUCCUGGAUAUCAUGGUUCUUGUCAACGAAAGGAAAUGAAUACUUCGCAGAAGUAGAUGAAGACUAUAUCCUUGAUAGAUUCAAUCUCACUGGACUGAACGGAGAAGUGGUACAGGAGUACUCGAGGGCCUUGAAUCUGAUUACGGACACUUUAGAUGAAGAAUCAUUGGAUGAUGAUGUGCGGGAAUCGGUGGAGACUUCAGCUAGAUUCCUAUAUGGAUUGAUUCACGCAAGAUAUAUUGUGACUUCUCGUGGAUUGUCGAAAAUGUUGGAGAAAUACCGAAAAGCAGAUUUCGGAAGAUGUCCUCGUGUAUAUUGUUAUUCGCAACCUUUACUCCCAGUGGGUUUGUCAGAUAUACCUUAUCAGAAAGCGGUAAAACUAUAUUGUCCACGCUGUGAAGAUAUAUAUUCACCCAAAUCGAAUCGACAUGGAUCGAUUGAUGGAGCUUAUUUCGGAACGACUUUCCCACAUAUGUUAUUCAUGGUUUAUCCUCAAAUGAUACCUGGUAAAGGACAACCUGUAGGCUCAUCGUCAGUCGCAGAUGUGAAUAGAAGUCUGGUAGCUGGACAAGGAAGAGUAGAAGGUGGUGGAGUCUCAACUACUUCAGUAGCUACAAAAGCAGAACGAUACGAACCUAGAAUAUUCGGUUUCAAAGUAAAUGAAGAUGCUAGAUUAUCUAGAUGGAGAACGGCAAAAAGAGACGCCCAAAUUACACGACUAGAGAACUUGGAGAGAGAACAAGGGCAACCAAAUCUAUAA